AUGGCCAGGCAGCAGCCGCCGCCCUGGGUCCACACAGCCAUCCUGCUCUGCCUCCUCAGCCUCACUGGGGCCAUCGAGAUUCCUAUGGAUCCAAGCAUUCAGAAUGAGCUAUCCCAGCCCCCAACCAUCACCAAGCAGUCAGUGAAGGACCACAUCGUGGAUCCCCGUGAUAACAUCUUGAUUGAGUGUGAAGCAAAGGGGAACCCUGCCCCCAGCUUCCACUGGACUCGAAACAGCAGGUUCUUCAACAUCGCCAAGGACCCCCGAGUGUCAAUGAGGAGGCGAUCUGGGACCCUGGUGAUCGACUUCCGCAGCGGGGGGCGGCCCGAGGAAUAUGAGGGGGAAUACCAGUGCUUCGCCCGCAACAAAUUUGGCACAGCCCUAUCCAAUAGGAUCCGUCUGCAGGUGUCCAAGUCUCCCCUGUGGCCCAAGGAAAACCUAGACCCUGUCGUGGUUCAAGAAGGCGCUCCCUUGACGCUCCAGUGCAACCCCCCGCCCGGACUUCCAUCCCCAGUCAUCUUCUGGAUGAGCAGCUCCAUGGAGCCCAUCACUCAAGACAAGCGCGUCUCUCAGGGCCAUAACGGCGACCUGUAUUUCUCUAACGUGAUGCUGCAGGACAUGCAGACAGACUACAGCUGCAACGCACGCUUCCACUUUACGCACACCAUCCAGCAGAAGAAUGCCUUCACCCUCAAGGUCCUCACCACGCGAGGAGUUGCAGAAAGAACACCCAGCUUCAUGUAUCCCCAGGGCACGGCGAGCAGUCAGAUGGUGCUGCGUGGCAUGGAUCUCUUGCUGGAGUGCAUCGCCUCCGGGGUCCCAACACCAGAUAUCGCGUGGUACAAGAAGGGUGGGGACCUCCCAUCUGACAAGGCCAAGUUUGAGAACUUUAACAAGGCUCUCCGUAUCACCAACGUCUCCGAGGAAGACUCUGGGGAGUAUUUCUGCCUGGCCUCCAACAAGAUGGGCAGCAUCCGGCACACGAUCUCGGUGAGAGUAAAGGCUGCUCCCUACUGGCUGGACGAGCCCAAGAACCUUAUCCUGGCUCCUGGCGAGGACGGGAGACUGGUGUGUCGAGCCAAUGGGAACCCCAAGCCCACUGUCCAGUGGAUGGUAAACGGGGAACCUCUGCAAUCGGCACCACCCAAUCCAAACCGCGAGGUGGCUGGGGACACCAUCAUCUUCCGGGACACCCAGAUCAGCAGCAGGGCUGUGUACCAGUGCAACACCUCCAACGAGCACGGCUACCUGCUGGCCAACGCCUUCGUCAGCGUGCUGGACGUGCCGCCCCGGAUGCUGUCACCCAGGAACCAGCUCAUUAGGGUGAUCCUGUACAACCGGACACGGCUUGACUGCCCGUUCUUUGGGUCCCCCAUCCCCACACUCCGAUGGUUUAAGAACGGGCAGGGAAGUAACCUGGAUGGUGGUAACUACCACGUCUACGAGAACGGCAGUCUGGAAAUCAAGAUGAUCCGCAAAGAGGACCAAGGCAUCUACACCUGUGUCGCCACCAACAUCCUGGGCAAAGCUGAAAACCAGGUCCGCCUGGAGGUCAAAGACCCCACCAGGAUCUACCGGAUGCCUGAGGACCAGGUGGCCAAGCGGGGCACCACGGUGCAGCUGGAGUGUCGGGUGAAGCACGACCCCUCCCUGAAGCUCACAGUCUCCUGGCUGAAGGACGACGAGCCUCUCUACAUUGGAAACAGGAUGAAGAAGGAAGACGACUCCCUGACCAUCUUCGGUGUGGCCGAGCGGGACCAGGGCAGUUACACCUGCGUUGCCAGCACUGAGCUGGACCAGGACCUGGCCAAGGCCUCCCUUACUGUGUUAGCUGAUCAGGCCACUCCAACUAACCGUUUGGCUGCCCUGCCCAAAGGACGGCCAGACCGACCCCGGGACCUGGAGCUCACGGACCUGGCCGAGAGGAGCGUGAGGCUGACCUGGAUCCCAGGGGAUGAUAACAACAGCCCCAUCACAGACUACGUCGUCCAGUUUGAAGAGGACCAGUUCCAGCCCGGGGUCUGGCAUGACCAUUCCAAGUUCCCGGGCAGUGUCAACUCUGCCGUCCUCCGGCUGUCCCCAUAUGUCAACUACCAGUUCCGGGUCAUUGCCAUCAACGAGGUGGGCAGCAGCCACCCCAGCCUCCCCUCUGAGCGCUACCGGACCAGCGGGGCGCCCCCUGAGUCCAAUCCCGCUGACGUGAAGGGAGAAGGCACCAGAAAGAACAACAUGGAGAUUACGUGGACGCCCAUGAACGCCACCUCCGCCUUUGGCCCCAACCUGCGAUACAUCGUCAAGUGGCGGCGGAGAGAAACUCGAGAGACGUGGAACAACGUCACAGUAUGGGGCUCCCGCUACGUGGUGGGGCAGACCCCCGUCUACGUGCCCUAUGAGAUCCGAGUCCAGGCCGAAAAUGACUUUGGGAAGGGCCCUGAGCCAGACACUGUCAUCGGUUACUCCGGGGAAGAUUAUCCCAGGGCUGCACCCACUGACGUUAAAAUCCGAGUCCUGAACAGCACAGCCAUCAGCCUUCAGUGGAACCGCGUCUACCCCGACACAGUGCAGGGCCAACUCAGAGAGUACCGAGCUUACUACUGGAGGGAGAGCAGCUUGCUGAAGAACCUGUGGGUGUCUCAGAAGAGGCAGCAAGCCAGCUUCCCUGGUGACCGCCCCCGGGGCGUGGUGUCCCGCCUCUUCCCCUACAGUAACUACAAGCUGGAGAUGGUUGUGGUCAAUGGGAGAGGCGAUGGGCCUCGCAGUGAAACCAAGGAGUUCACCACCCCGGAAGGAGUACCCAGCGCCCCCAGGCGUUUCCGAGUCCGGCAGCCCAACCUGGAGACAAUCAACCUGGAAUGGGAUCAUCCAGAACACCCCAAUGGGAUCCUGAUUGGAUACACUCUCAAAUACGUGGCCUUUAAUGGAACCAAAUUAGGAAAGCAGAUAGUGGAAAACUUCUCUCCCAAUCAGACCAAGUUCACGGUGCAAAGAGCAGACCCCGUGUCGCGCUACCGCUUUACCCUCAGUGCCAGGACGCAGGUGGGCUCUGGGGAAGCAGUCACAGAGGAGUCACCGGCACCCCCGAACGAAGCUACUCCAACUGCAGCUCCUCCCACGUCGCCCCCGACCACGGUGGGUGCCACAGGCGCCCCCGCUGCCACCACCGAAGCCACAACAGUCCCCACCAUCCCAAGUGUCGCACCUACCACCGUGGCCACCACUACCGUCGCCACGACUACAACCACUGCCGCCACCACCACGGAGAGGCCUCCCACCACCACCUCCGGGACUAAGAUGCCCGAAUCCGCCCCCGACAGGCAGUCCAUAUGGAACGUCACGGUGCUCCCCAACAGUAAAUGGGCCAACAUCACCUGGAAGCACAAUUUCGGGCCCGGAACUGACUUUGUGGUUGAGUACACCGACAGCAACCAUACGAAAAAAUCUGUCCCUGUUAAGGCCCAGGCCCAGCCUGUACAGCUGACAGACCUCUAUCCCGGGAUGACAUACACGUUGCGCGUUUAUUCCCGGGACAACGAGGGCAUCAGCAGUACCGUCAUCACCUUUAUGACCAGUACAGCUUACACCAACAACCAGGCAGACAUCGCCACCCAGGGCUGGUUCAUUGGGCUCAUGUGUGCCAUCGCCCUCCUGGUGCUGAUCCUGCUCAUCGUCUGUUUCAUCAAGAGGAGUCGAGGUGGCAAGUACCCAGUGCGAGAAAAGAAGGAUGUUCCCCUGGGCCCCGAAGAUCCCAAGGAAGAGGACGGCUCCUUUGACUACAGUGACGAGGACAACAAGCCCCUGCAGGGCAGCCAGACGUCCCUGGAUGGCACCAUCAAGCAGCAGGAGAGUGACGAUAGCCUGGUGGACUAUGGCGAGGGUGGCGAGGGGCAGUUCAACGAGGACGGGUCCUUCAUCGGCCAGUACACGGUCAAAAAGGACAAGGAGGAGACAGAGGGCAAUGAAAGCUCAGAGGCCACGUCGCCUGUCAACGCCAUCUAUUCUCUGGCCUAAUGGAGCCCUCCCCCCCCAACCCAGGGCACAGCCACUA